CCCUGACCCUGCCUGCCGUCUUGUAUCUUUGCCCCACCUAUCUGGAUUACUGACCUCUGCCUGCCCUUGACCUGCCUUUUGACUACCCCUGUUCUAUUAAUAAACUGUUGUUACUUUGACUUUGUCUGCAUCUGGGUCUUACCUGAAACAUACAAUUAGCUCAGAUUGCUGGGUGCAUGCAUGUUUAUCCAUAUUUUCACUAAUGUGUGUUAAUUAUAGAGCAGUUGAUCCACAUUCUAAUCAAGUUUAUUGUAAUCAAGUUCUAGUUCCUCAAUGUAUUUUGUUAUAUGUUUUCAUUAAUCUAUAAUUCAGUAUUUAAAUCAAGUUUAUACUUGACCCUGGUAGUCAAUUUUCUAUAUCUGUUUACUAAGUUGAAUUUUGUGCAUAUUUUGGAAAAAAGAAAAUCCUUAUUGACAAAUGAAAGAACAAUCAAUGCUAUCAAAAAUGAAAUAGUAUCUCAACAGUACUGGUGCAUGUGAAACAUUGUGGAACGUUGAGGUCUGAAUACUACAAAAGACUGAAUUUUGACCACGUGAUAGGCCCAUGUGCAAAAUUCGGCUAAAUUGUUUCCCCCCGGCCCCCCAUGUAGUCUAAUGUGAUUGGUGAAGUAGUUUGCUGUCAGAACAAGAAGGAAAUUGCGGGUUGUUGUGACAUAGAGAGAUACCGUAUAGAUUUUCAGUAACUGGUAGUGACACCAGCAACCCCAUCAGCGUGGCCAGGCAUGAGAGCUGAUAUCUGAGGAUUUAAACCACCAGCACCACAAUGGAGGUCCCUGCCAUCAGUAACAACCUCAACCUUUCAAAUGGGGACUUGGAUCCCUCUGACACCCCUCCCACCAUGUCCAUUGACAAGCUCUUCCCAGCACUCUUGGAGUGUUUUGGGAUCAUCUUGUGUGGCUAUAUUGCUGGUCGAGCAAACAUCAUCACAUCCACACAGGCCAAAGGAUUGGGGAACUUUGUGUCCAAGUUUGCCCUCCCAGCAUUGCUCUUUAAGAACAUGGUACUCUUGGACUUUGGGAAUGUCAUCUGGCCAUUUUUGUGGAGUAUUCUCAUCGCCAAGGUGUCUGUGUUUUUCAUUGUGUGUGUGAUUACACUACUGGUUGCCAGUCCUGACACUCGCUUCAGCAAAGCUGGCCUAUUCUCCAUCUUUGCUACUCAAAGCAAUGACUUUGCUUUGGGAUACCCGAUUGUUGAGGCCUUGUACAAGAACACACACCCAGAGUAUCUACAGUACAUUUACCUGGUAGCACCAGUGUCCCUCAUGCUUCUCAACCCCAUUGGGUUUGCCUUCUGUGAGAUCCAGAAGUGGAGGGAUCAGAGAGACCGGCAGCAGCGCAAACUCCAGAUAGUGGGUGUGGUCAUCCUGCAGGUUCUGAAGAACCCCAUGGUCUUCAUGGUUGUUAUUGGCAUUAUCUUCCACUUCAUCCUGGAUCAGAAGAUCCCUGCUUUCAUGGAGCAGUUUGUGGAUGGCCUGGCCAACUCUUUUGGAGGAGCAGCUCUGUUCUACUUGGGCCUCUCCAUGGUGGGCCAGUUGGGGAAGCUCACCAGGUCCACGGUUGUAGCCCUUAUCCUGCUCAUCACAGCAAAACUGUUGGUGAUGCCAUUGAUCUGUCGAGAGACGGUGGAGCUGCUGGAUGCUGACAACACCAGCUCUAAUCUCGAACACUCCAGCCUCUCCAACUAUGCCUUCCUCUAUGGAGUCUUCCCUAGUGCCCCCAGUGUGGCCAUCUAUGCUGCUCACUAUAACAUGGAGCUACAAGUUGUUACCUCAGGGAUGGUAGUAAGCACAUUUCUCUCAGCUCCCAUUAUGUAUGUUUCUGCUUGGUUGCUGACAAUACCAUGGAUGGACCCUAAGCCAUUGAUGGAUUCUCUGCAGAAUGUCAGCUUUAAUGUCAGCAUCAUCAGCUUAGUUGCACUGGCUUGGACAGUUACUGUCAUGUUCCUGAGUAAGAAAUUUAAGAGACUACCUCACAUGUUCACCGUCAACCUGUUCUUGGCACAGAUUCUAGCUUGUGUUAGCAUGAUCAUGUGGAACUUUGUCGUGAGACAAGACCGCUUCAUUGGACACGUGUUGACAUUCACACUGUUGUACGGCUCACUGUACAGUACUUAUGUAUGGCCAGGUCUGAUAGCACUUUCCCUUGUGUUGAUGAAGAGAGGUGGUGAGCUGAAGGUUGCGCCAGGCUUCCUGGUGAUUGCAGGCUGGGGAGUCCCAGCCCUUGUGGCAGCAGUGCUCCUCGUAACUGGGGAGAGGAUGCCUGACACCAUCGAUUCGGCUUUCUUUUAUGGAAGACCCCAGAUCAUCUGCACCUCAGUUGUGCUUGCCUUCAGCAUAGUGCUGGGCGGGUGCUCUUUGGUGGGCCUCCGUCGAGGCACGUGGGACUCAAAGUACCAUGUCCUGGAGAGAGACUCUAUGCUAGGCACUACUGAGGAUCUGAGGCCCCAGACUGGCCCAGAUACCCAAACUAUCCCAGAUAUCUGUGACAUGUUUGAGUCAGCCGGAACUGGAAGCAUCAACAUAGGUCAGUGUGAGACUGGCUGUGAGUCGCCAGGCUGUCUACUGGCCCAGGAGGAACAGCAGGUGGCAGACAGACAGGUGGCCCGCCAUGUGCUCUUAUGCCUGCUACUGACCGUCAGCCUACUAGCUAACCUGUCCAGCUGCCUGUGGUGGCUCUUUAGUCGAGUUCCUGGGAGACUUUACUUAGAGCUGCAGUUCUUCUGUGCUGUGGUCAACUAUGGACAGGGCUUCAUCUCGUUCGGGCUUUUUGGGCUGGACAAACAUUUGAUAAUACUGCCAUUUAAAAAGAAGAUAUCCUGUCUGUGGCAUAGAAGGAAGCCAGAGGAGCAGCCUCAACUGGUUGUAUCUGAUGACAUCAUGAUGACCUGCACUCAGUUCAUCAGAUACCACAAAGAGCAGUGUGUCCGGGACAUUGUCCAGAAUAAGAGGUGUGGGGAGAGGACAGUGGCGAACACUUUUCUUGGCAGUGAGCUGGUAGAGUGGCUGUUGCAGGUGGGUCUGUCACAGGACCGAGGAGAGGCGCUGCUCUACGGGAUCCGGCUGCAGCAGGGUGGGGUGCUCCAGCACAUCACCCAGGAGUAUGGCUUCAAAGAUGACAACCUGCACUACUGCUUCACAGCAUAAGGUGGGCCCUGGGUGGGCCCCAGUCUCUGUUUUCCAGAGGCACAGGAUGAAAAAGAGCUAUCUACCAGACCUGAAUCCAGGUCGCUACCUACAUAGCACUAGCAGUAUUGGUUGACUUGAAGAGUCUGCUGAUAAAAAAAAAAAAAAAUGCUUUUAUUGUUUU